CAAGCCGUAAUACCCGUGAACGAGAUGACGGCCUUCUCCCCAGAGCCUCCGACUCUGGCUUCAAAUGAACAAAACAAGGACCUAAGAAUGGAUACACGUGGGGAGGAAGAAGCUAUCCUAGGAGGAAACCCUACUGACCCAGAGUCUCUCAGACAGAGGUUCCGGUGGUUUUGUUACUCAGAAGAGGCUGGACCCAGAAAAGCCCUGAAUCAGCUCUGGGAGCUGUGCAUUCAGUGGCUGAGGCCAGACAUCCACACGAAAGAACAGAUUUUAGAGCUUUUGGUGUUUGAGCAAUUCCUGUCCAUUUUGCCUGGGGAGAUCAGGAUUUGGGUAAAAUCACAACGUCCUGAGGAUAGUGAGAAAGUGGUGACCUUAAUUGAGGAUUUGACCCAAACGCUUAAAGAAAAGGAAGGUCCAGUUUCUCAAGAUUCUGGUAUUUCCCAAGAGGAGAACGCUGAAGAAGAUAAAACGGUUUCUGUCCUUCCAAAUACUGAGUCUGGGGAAUCUGUGACAUUCAAGGACAUAGCUGUGAAUUUUUCCAGAGGAGAGUGGAGGAAGCUGGAACCUUUUCAAAAGGAGAUAUAUAAGGAAGUGCUACUGGAGAACUGUAGGCACCUACAAUUUCUGGGCUUUCCAGUUACCAAAUUAGAUGUGAUUUCCCAGCUAACGUGGGUUGAACCAGGGCUUCUGGAAAAAGAAGUCUCAGAAGAUGUUCUUAUGGACCAAUCAACUUUAGAAAAAAUAAUAGAUAGGUACUUAAUGUGUGGUGAUUAUGGCUUGAUGGGAGAAUCUUCCAAACGUGUCAGAUUAGAGAAGGGCCGUAGCAAUAAGGAAUGUUCGCAAGUAGCAGGCACACAAAAGAAAACUCAUGGGAGAGGCAAUAAGGGUGAGGAAUUUGACUCAGAAAAGGGCCCCUCUGGAAGUAAUGCCAAGGAAACUUCGGAUAUAGUUAAGCAUCUGAGAGUCUACUUACGGAAGAAAUCUCGGAAGUAUAAUGAAUGCAAGAAACGCUUUAGUUUUCAUUCAGACCUUGUUAUGAACCGCAAAGAGCACACUGGAGAAAAGCCACAGAAACGUAAGGAAGGCAGGAAAGUCUUAAGUCACUCUUCAUCUCUUACAAAACAUCAGAAACAUAAGAAAAUUUAUAUGGGUACUAAACCCCAGAAGUGCAGCAACUGUGGAAUAGACUUUACUCAAAGUUUGUCCCUUGUUAAGAGAAGAAAAACCCCUAUAUGUGAGAAAUGUCGGAAAAGUAAAUAUCAGGAUACAACCUCGAAUAAAGAUGAGGGAACAGAGACUGGAGAAAAAACCCCUAAAUGUAGCAGAUGUGGAAAAUCCUUUGACUAUAGUACCACACUGUCCAAACAGCAGAAACUUUACCUUGGUGGAAAACCCUCUAUGUGCCGUGACUGUGGGAAAGCUUUCAGUAAGAGUGCAUCCUUCACACCCCGUCGUAGAACUCAUAGUGGAGAGAAACCCUUCAAAUGUGAUGAUUGUGGAAAAGGUUUCACCAUAACUGCCCACCUCAUUAAACAUCAGAGAAUUCAUACUGGAGAAAAACCCUAUAAAUGUAAAGAAUGUGGGAGACCCUUUAGUGACAAUUCAUCUCUUAUUCAACAUCAGCGAAUUCAUACUGGAGAAAAACCCUAUACAUGUAAUGAAUGUGGCAAAUCCUUUAGUCAUAGCUCAUCCCUUUCCAAGCAUCAGAGAAUUCAUACUGGAGAGAAACCCUAUAAAUGUAGUGAAUGUGGAAAAGCCUUUAGACAGAAUUCUUGCCUUACCCGACAUCAGAGAAUUCAUACUGGAGAAAAACCUUACCUAUGUAAUGAUUGUGGAAUGACUUUCAGCCAUUUUACAUCUGUGAUUUAUCAUCAGCGACUUCAUUCAGGAGAAAAACCCUACAAAUGUAGUCAGUGUGAGAAGGCCUUCCCUACCCAUUCUCUCCUUAGUCGUCAUCAGAGAAUCCAUACUGGUGUGAAACCUUAUAAAUGUAAAGAAUGUGGAAAAUCCUUCAGUCAGAGCUCAUCUCUUAAUGAACAUUAUCGUACUCAUACUGGAGAGAAACCCUAUGAGUGUGACUACUGUGGAGCAACCUUUAGUAGAAGCUCAAUCCUUGUAGAGCACCUAAAAAUUCAUACUGGAAGGAAAGAAUAUGAAUGUAAGGAAUGUAAGAAAACAUUCAAAAGUAAUUCAGGCCUCAUCAGACAUCGGGGAUUUCACUCUGGAGAGUAAUUCUUGAACUAUAGCAAGGGAGGAAAGUUAAUCAAAAUUGUUCCUUAUUAGAAACCUGGAUAUAAAUUGCCACCACAUUGAUUAGUAGCUGCAACUUUGAUCGGCUGGCAGCUAUGAAAAAUAGA